AUGACAACGAACAAAAGAAAACGAAUAAUUGCUAUUGAUAGUUAUGAAUUCGAAGGAUUUGUACGAACUCAUCUUUCAAAAGAUUUAGCCGAUACAUUAAUUCUCAAACUUGGCAUCAGAUCGUAUAAUGGUUUUGUUAAAUGUGAUGAUUUAAAUGGGGAAUUACUUGCAGUUCAUGAUUCUAUACAUGAACAAGAUCGAUUAAAUAUAUUUUUAUAUAAUGAUACAUUAUCUUCAUCAACACCAAAUGGAAUAAAAAAGGGAAACAGCAGCAGUACCCAACCCGAAUGUGAACCACAUGAUGCUUCAAAACGGUCAAAGAGACACUGUGAUAUUUGUCGAACAACUAUGUGUAAACCUCGAACCAAUGAUACAAUGAACGACGAAAAAUUCAAAUAUCGAGAAAAACCAAUUACAAAUGAAGAUAGUGGAACGGAUUGGUCUUUCCAUCAAGAUGAAUUGUUAAAUUAUGAAACACACUCUGAUGAUUUGAAAAUUGUCGAUGAUUUUAUUGUUAAAGAAGCAACACACAUUUAUGUUACUCAACAGCGAAUUCAUCAUUUUUUCCAUAAACACAUUGGCAUCUAA